UUUUUCAAACAAAUGUUUGUAUCCACUUUUUGAUAGAUGCUGGCAGUAAAUAUGGAGAGAAGGGAUUGGUUUCUAACUGAUGAAGCUUGCCAAUCAGAAAAGAGAGUAACAGAGUAGGGUUUUCAAAGAGGGGCUCUCUUCUUUGGUGGGUCUUGUCAAGUGCAAUUGUGAACUGGGCUCUGAAGCAGUCAUUGUACAUUAAAGGCGGGCACAUCCAAUGACUUUCAAUCCAAAGUAACUUUUUGGCCUUUACUUCAUACUAAUGAUGGUUUCUCAUUGUUGCAAAGAAUCCUUCAGAGAAAGGAGGCCAUGCCCAAAGCACUAUUUUUACAAAGUGGAGUGGUUGGAUCAGCAGGUCCACCAGGGCAGCUUACACUGGGAGUUCAGUUCCCACUCCAUCCUGGUCACUUCUCUCCCACAUACUUCCUGGAACCCUAAGGUUCAUGUUUUGACUCCAGUGUCAGUGCACACAACCUGGGUAUCUCCUUUCAACUGAGCCCAGCAUCAUCUCUGCACCUGUUUAACCCAAGGCCCAAUGGUUGAUGCAUCUCAGAUUUGGUAGCCCUAGUACUUAGGCCUGCACCUAGUCCUCAGUGCUCCCUUCUUCACCAAGCCCUUUCUUCUUCUUUUUGGAGGAGACUGGGUUCAUUCUGUUCAGCUGUGUUUGUUUGUCAACAGACUUCAAUCCCUGACUUGGAAAGCAAUCUGGAUCAGAACUGUUUGUCUCACUGCAGCCCAGAGAUUUUCUCUGAAGCCAGCUGGGAGCAGGUGGAUAAACAGGACAUAGAGGUACAGGCUCAGCCCCUGCUCUCAGUGCCAUCCAUGCAACUAUUUGGUGGUUUUUCUUCAGCCCCAUCCCUGCCCCAUGCCCCUUACCAAGGAAGAACCUCGUAGCACAGUUAGUCCUGAGCUUCUGGUAUUUCAGCUCCUGUGAACCCACAUCAGGCCCAUCAUUUCUGAGCCAGAGAGACUCAGCAGGUUGGCCCUCUGUCUACGUUGCCUCUGUGAACUGGACCCUUGCCAGCCCUCACAGCAACCUAAGGUGAUGCUGCCACUUUAUCUCAGGGGAGAUUGGAGUCCCCUCCAGGGAAACGAUUUGGACGCCUUUCUUGUACUUUUGGCAUCAGACCUGCUGGGCUGGUGCUUCCAGAGCCAAUAUGGUCCUUGUGACUCUUGCUGCCCCCAGCAUGGCUCUGUUGGCUCCAGCUGCCUGGCCCAUCCUGUCACACUAACCUGGCCCCAUCUGUUUUGCAGAUGACCUGUUGGCUCCCUGACUACCUGGCUGCCCACUGUUAUGCGUGUGACAGUGCCUUCUGGCUCGCCAGCAGGAAACACCACUGCAGGGACACUGACCGUGUUGAUCAAACGUGGAACUGUGGGAACGUAUUCUGCUCCAGUUGUUGUAACCAGAAGGUCCCGGUUCCUAGUCAGCAGCUCUUUGAACCCAGUCGAGUGUGCAAGUCUUGCUAUAGCAGUCUACAUCCCACAAGCUCCAGCAUUGACCUUGAACUGGAUAAGCCCAUUGCUGCCACUUCAAACUGAAGCUCAGUGACCUGGGGUGGGCAGAGGUCAAGCUGCUGACCCACUGACAGGGCCACAAAGCCUGAGCAGACCUAGAGUCCCAUGCACUUUGGAAUGGGGUCAUGGAAUCACCUGUACAGAGUGACAGAAAUUGGGAUGUACCAUUGGAUUGUAGAUUGAUUCU